CCUCCUCUUCCUCCCUCACUCUCUCUUUCUCUCUCUAAGUUCCUUUUCCCUCCAUCUCUUUCUCUCUCUAUCUCUCUCCCCCUGUCUGCAACUGCUGCUUAGCAACAGCCAAUCUGUUGUCCGCGGAGGGGAUCUCGGAGGAAGGAGGAUUUUCUGCGCCGGGUAUAUCGAUUGAAGAAGAUUUUUCAGGAAAAAGUAAAUAUCCGAAGCUUUUUGUUCGUUAGAUCUGAGGCAGAAUGACAUCAUCUGGCUCUACCAGACCGGAAGCUGGAUCUAGGCAUUACACCUACAGCCGGAAACAGAAGUCUCUAGGACUCUUGUGCACGAAUUUCUUGAGCUUGUAUGAUCGAGAAGGCGUGGAGUCGAUUGGGCUCGAUGAUGCUGCAAGCCGAUUAGGAGUCGAGAGGCGGCGGAUCUACGAUAUCGUUAAUGUGCUUGAAAGUGUUGGAGUUCUUGCGAGGAAGGCGAAAAACCAGUACUCUUGGAAAGGGUUUGAAGCAAUCCCUAGGGCUCUUGAGGAUUUGAAGGAAGAGGGUUUGAGGGAGAAUUUUAAUUCAUUUGAUGGCAACAACUGUUCAAAGGUUUCAGAUGACGAAGAAGAGGAAAUAAUAUAUAGUCUCAACAAUUCAAGUCAAGAGGAAAAAUCGAACCAUAGCUGCCCUCCUAAAUCCUCAACGUCGUCCAAAUCUGACAACCGAAGGGAAAAAUCUCUAGGACUACUUACUCAGAAUUUUGUCAAGCUCUUCAUAUGCUCAAAUGUGGAUUUGAUCUCUCUGGAAGAAGCUGCAAAGAUACUGCUUGGGGAUGCCCACAGCUUAUCAACAACCAGAACAAAGGUUCGGCGGCUAUAUGAUAUUGCAAAUGUGUUGUCCUCCAUGAGUCUCAUUGAGAAGACCCAUCAUUCAGAGACAAGGAAGCCUGCUUUCAGGUGGUUGGGGAUGCCGGAUAAAUUUAAAUGCCAUUCUAAUGAGGCAUUAGAGCUUAAAGAGAACAAGAAAAGGGUUUUUGGAACUGAGAUUACUAAUGCCAAUUUUAAAAGGAACAAGUUGGAUUCUUCAAUUGAUGGAAACUUAUGCCAGAAUUUGAAGAUGCAACAGGAAGUGCAAAUGAAACAGGAGAUUUUGGACAACGAGACUAGUAGAAGCAAUUUUGAGGAGGAUUCUAAACUGAGUUUGAAGAAUUAUGAGUUUGGCCCAUUUGCUCCCAUCAGUGAACCCAAAGUUGAUGCUUCUGAAAAUAACAAUGUGAAACGUGUUCAUGAUUGGGAAACUCUUUCCAAUACUUAUUGCCCUCAAUACCACAAUCAAGCUUUGAGAGAUCUUUUUGUUCAUUAUAAGGAAGCAUGGAAGUCAUGGUAUGCAGAGGUAGCAGGGGAGAAGCCAAUAAAAGUUUCGUGAUGAUUCCUUUGGGCUGCGUUGCUUAAUUACCUUGGCAAUCAACACUAACUGCAUUGGCAUACAAUUCCUUUUUGUUGUACUUGACAAGAGAUGGCAAUGUGCAGAUGCAUCUUGUUUGUGCACCAACUUGGAAUGGUUGUUCUUCAGGAAAUAUGACGAAGCCUAGAUCUUUACACAAUGAUUUAUGCAACAUCACACUUAGGUUUUUUGAUUGGGACCAAUGUCCGCAUCACUAGCUUAAUGAUGCAUGUUUGUAUGAAUACUUCUUUUGGUUGAAUUUUUAUGAAUACAAUAGAGAUUGAUUGUUGUCAUCGUUAAAAACUAGUGACAACUUAA